CAAUGACCGAGCAGCAAAGUCCCCCCGAGCAGAUGGCGACCGGGGAGGGUGCUGGCGAGCGAGUUGGCAAUUACAAGAUCACGAUCUACGAGCUGGAGAACUUCCAGGGGAAAAGGUGCGAGCUGACGGAGGAGCUCCCCAGCAUCACCGAGAAAGAGCUGGAGAAGGUGGGCUCCAUCCAGGUGGAGUUUGGCCCGUGGCUGGGCUUUGAGCGACAAGCCUUCGCCGGGGAGCAGUUUGUCCUGGAGAAGGGGGACUACCCACGCUGGGACUCCUGGUCCAACAGCCACAACAGUGACAGCCUGAUGUCCCUCCGUCCCUUACAGAUCGACAGCCCCGACCACAAGAUCCACCUCUUUGAGAACGCGGGCUACACCGGGAGGAAGAUGGAGAUUGUGGACGACGACGUCCCCAGCCUCUGGGCCCAUGGCUUCCAGGACCGCGUGGCCAGUGUCAGGGCCUUGAACGGAACGUGGGUGGGCUACGAGUACCCCGGGUACCGGGGUCGCCAGCAUGUCUUCGAGAAGGGGGAGUACCGCCACUGGAACGAGUGGGACGCCAACCAGCCCCUCAUCCAGUCCGUGCGCCGGGUGCGGGACCAGCAGUGGCACCAGCGGGGCUGCUUCGAGAACAGCUGAAGGACACCCCAGCCCCACGCUGCCCCCGCUGCCCCCGGGAUG